UGUCUGGAGAACAGUUUUUGUUUUGUGACAUAAUAUAGUUAUCUGCUUUCCACCCCCUGUCACCUGCAACUGUCAAGAGUGAUGUAGUGUUGCACGAUGUGUCCUUUAUGUAACUUUUUUUUUGCAUGUCAACAGUGCGUGUGGGUGUAUGAGAGCAGUAGGACUGUGCUUGUGUGCGUGAGGGUGAGGGUGCAUGCAUGUGCUCACUGACCAUGUGCAUGUGUGUAUUUUAGAGCCAUACGAGUUACACAGUUGUCCUUUUUUGUGGUGUGGGUGGACAGUGAUAUUGUCCCCCCGGCGUCACGUGCUUUGGAAUAUGCUGGCUGCCUUUGUUGUCCCUCUGCCUGUUCUGCUUUUCUGGCACUUUCAUACAAUAGUGCACUUGAACACUGUGAUGUUAUUAAGCCUUUCAAACUACUACAGCUUGAAUUCCAGCUCUCAGGAAAGACUAGCAUCCCAAUGUAGGAUACAUGGCACAAGAUACAUCGUCGAGGAACAACAGCAAGGAUUGAGUCUAACAUCAGAACAAAGGUGACGUUUGAGCCUGCAGUGACGUUUGGGUGUUUUAAUAAUUGCCGGUUAAAGACUGCACAUAUAGAGCUAUGCAAGAUGUCAUGCUAAUGCUUUCGCAAUGUCUUAUAGCUUGACAUGCUUUCUGUUUGUUUUUUUUUUCUGAUUAACGACUUGACUUAUUGACCAGUGGUAGUCAUUAUCUAUGCCUCUUGUAUAUUUGAAAAACAAUUUUAAGUGAGUGAUGUGAAGGAAAUCAGACAUACUUAAUGAUAAUAACAGUGUAGCAAACCCGCCUAAGAGGUUACGACAGUUUACUGAGUUCAAAAGGACAUGCUAUUCUGACUUUUGUUGCAUGAAAUUGCUUGCUAGGAAAAGUAAAUUGUGUAUUUAAUAAGUGACAAAAAUAUCGCCACCUUUUGAUUUUUUAUGUUCUGUUUAUUGAAAUGCUUUCUAGUAUGCUAAUGAGUAAAUAACCAAUGAUCUUAUAAUUGGCCUGGUCUUGUAGUCAUCAACAACAAAGUGACCUUGAUGUCCCUCAAAGCCUCCAAGUGAUGCUGUAACCUACAGUAAUGAAACACUGUACUAUCAACAACAACAAUGGGACAAGAGUGCGACAAGUUCAACAGCUUUCUGACCUAUGAUCCUACACUAGGCAAUGUCCCAGCGAGCAGAUGCCCCCCAGUGUGGCGGGGUUGUGGUUGAGUUUGAGUCUGACGACAUCAGGGAUGCGAGAGCUCACAGAGCUAGAAGUAUACCAGGCUCAGCUCUUAUCUACCUCAAGGGUCCCAAGUUUCUCAUCUAUGUCAGUGGAGCGUUGUCAAUGUGGGGCGACCGCAUGUGGCACUUUGCAAUUUCUGUGUUCCUGAUUGAGCUGUAUGGCCGUAACCUGCUGUUGACUGCGGUGUUUGGGUUGGUAGUGGCUGGGUCAGUGCUCCUGCUAGGGGCUUUGAUUGGAGACUGGGUUGAUCGCAAUCCCAGGAAUAAAGUUGCACAUGCAUCUCUUUUCAUUCAGAACAUCUCAGUGACAAUAUGUAGCAUUGUGCUCAUGUUGGUGUUCUCAUAUAAGCAAAGGAUUGAACAGAUCUGGGAUGGAUGGCUUACUGUGGUUUGUUAUACGGUGGUGAUCGUCCUGGCAGAUGUGGCAAACCUUGCAAGCACAGCACUGACCAUUGCCAUUCAGAGGGACUGGAUUGUGGUUAUCACAGGCUACAACCGGGGUCACCUAGCUGGAAUGAAUGCAACCAUGAGGCGGAUAGAUCAGGUGACUAACAUCCUGGCCCCACUAGCAGUGGGACAGGUCAUGACCCUGGCCUCCAAUGUAGUUGGCUGUGGCUUCAUCCUGGGCUGGAACCUUGUGUCUCUCAUUGUGGAGUUCUUCUUCUUGUCACGAGUGUACCGCAUCGUCCCUGCCCUUUCAGUCAAACCACCAGUGGUGGAAGAGGAUCAGGUGUUUCUGCAGAGGAUGGAGAGGAGACCGUCACAAGGGGAAGGUAAUGUUGCACCACCUCAACCUCUGACCGAAGGUAACUGCAACACAAGCCUGCACCUCAAAGAAAUCACCAACCUGCCACUGUGUUUCCGGAGGUUUCGCUGGCUGGUGAGCACCUGCAAGGACGGCUGGAGAGCCUACUAUCGCCAACCUGUCUUCCUGGCGGGAAUGGGUCUGGCUUUCCUCUACACCACAGUGCUGGGCUUUGACUGCAUCACCACUGGCUAUGCCUACACUCAGGGCAUAAGUGGCUCUCUCCUUAGUCUGCUGAUGGGUGUAUCAGCGAUCACAGGGCUGAUGGGUACUGUGAUGUUCACCAGACUCAGGAAGACCUAUGGUCUGGUUAACACAGGCAUCAUCUCAAGCUGCCUCCACCUUGGCUGCUUACUGCUGUGUGUGUGCUCUGUGUUUGCCCCUGGCAGCCCUAUGGAUCUUAGUUUGCUGAUGCCCUACAUUACCUCCAACUCCUCCACUGAGCUUGGGAUGGCAAGCCAAAGGCAAAAACACACUUAUCCACUGAGGGGAGGUGGCAAUCAGCCACUGCUACCCGACCGCUCCUCCAUCCACUGGACCAACAAUACUGUGCUCUUUGACAACGUGCCCUCUGACACAGCGCCAGAUUCUUACAUCUCCAUUAUCCUUCUGUUCUUGGGGGUCAUCACAGCACGCAUUGGUCUCUGGUCCUUCGACCUGACGGUGACCCAGCUCCUUCAGGAGAACAUCUGUGAGUCAGAGAGGGGUGUGGUAAAUGGGGUGCAGAGCUCUAUGAACUACCUGAUGGAUCUGCUUCACUUCAUCAUGGUGAUCUCCGCUCCACAGCCACAGCACUUUGGCAUCCUGGUUAUCAUUUCUGUAUUAUUCAUCACCACCGGGCACACUAUGUACUUUCUGUACGCACACAAAGCCAAGAGAAAACAACGCCUCGACACAUAAGGCGCAGACAUGGCCCACACAUCCAGGCAUGGGAUGCUAACCAGCACUGACUCCACUCUGCACCUGUGAAAUGAAUGUCUCCCUCCAGUUCCUUCAGCAAUCGUAUUGCAACACUCCACUCCCGACUUAGCCAUUCAUUUCAGCACAACACAGCAAGUGCCUGUCCCACCUCGGUUGCUUUCUUCCUGCAGGGCCAUGUGCCAUAGCAGCAAACAAGAACUCAGGUGAAAUAGAGUGGGAGACACGCUCUCCCUUCGUGUACAUAAGUUGAGGUGGCAACAAUAACUGCAGCAAUGGCACCUCCAGGGGAAAUGUCCUAAUCUAAUGUACAACAGGACAUGAAGGUAGGAGCUAAGGCACCAGACAUGCCUUUGCAAACCCUGUAGGAUUACUGCAAGACUUUCAUCAAACAAGCCUGUUAACUUACAUAGCUUUUUGGAUGGGAGGGUGGAUGGAUGGAGAGCUUCUUCUAACCUUCACUCAGUAAAGAACUGGUGUUGUGAGGAAAACUUAACAGUGACACAUGAAAAUGCAAACAAGACAAGACGGUACUUCUACAAGUGGCAUCGAUGUUACUGAUCCGUCCACUUGGAAAUAUUCCAGGAUGUCCAAAAAGGAACAUAAAGGGAACUUGAUGUGAGAUUGUUUGAUUAAAAAUAAAGCAGAAAGGCAGCCCCCCUUUUAAUGGACAGAAGUGAAAGGACAAAGUAUUUCCUUCCCCUGGUUUGUUUCUCUGUGGAUGAAUCAAGCAAACAUUUGCCUUUCUCUUAUGCAUGUAAACCUGGUUAAUGGAUUACAACAACAAAAAAUUAUCACAUCACGUCAUGUACUUUAGUCAAAUUUUAAUAAAAACUAUUUUAUUCUAAUUGCUUGUGUACUUAGAUAAAUAAAAAUAGUUUCCAAACUUUCUUUCCUUCCCAUAUAAAGAGUGAUAUUAAUAGUUUUAUAGAAAUCCAAAAGGAAAGCAAUCUUCAUUUUGUGCCAUGUUUGAAAUCAGUGAUAGCUAUAUGUUAAUGGCAAAUGUUGCUAUUUGCAGUUUUGUAUUACACUUUGCUUCAUUCUUUUGUAGUUCUGACGAACUAAACAUUACCUUACCUCAACUAAGAAGAAGCCCACUGUUGGGAAUAAGACGUGGGAAUUACUCUCAGCUACUGUAUGUUUUCAUAUCUCCUUCAUGUACAGUGGAAAUAACAUCAAAGUUUAACCUUCUGUCACACAACCAGCAACACAUCUCAAUAUAUUUGUAUAA